AUGAGCGGCGGCGGCAGUGCUCGUGGCGGAGGUGGUGGAGGGCCUGCUAGGGUUGCGAUCCCAGAGAAUGCACGGAAAGUGAUACACAAUAUCAGGGAGAUCACUGGGAAGCAACACAGCGACGAGGAAAUCUAUGCCGUGCUUAAGGACUGCGCCAUGGAUCCCAAUGAGACUGCUCAGAAACUUCUCUAUCUAGAUACUUUUCAUGAGGUGAAAAGGAAGCGUGAACGGAAGAAAGAGUCAUCAAAUGUUCAAGGUCAAGGGGGUAGGGGUGGUCGAGGAAAUUAUUCUGAUGGUGCUGGUGGGAGGAAUGCAGCUCAUCGAAAGGAAAAUGGAGGGAAUCACUUGAGAGAGAGAGUCCCGUCAACUGGUAUGGCUGGAACGCAGAGACCAAACAAUAACCAUCCACUUCCUCCACCAAAAGUCGCGGCUGUCAACACAAGUGUCCCUUCAAAUCUUGACAGUGAGAAUCCUAGUCUUGGGUGUGGGUCAAAAGUUGCUGUUGAUGAUGUUGGAAAAGGCUCAAAAACUGGACUAGUGGAUGCGAAUAAGUUAGAUGUGAUAUCAGAGACAGCUAAAUUACUGCCAGUGUCUGCUCCUGAUCAGACAGCUGAUAGCUUGACUCAGAACGACCAAGGGAAGUCGGUUUCAGCCAUCAACAAUGUCCCGAAGUUAAAUGCUCCGGGUUCUUAUUCUUAUGCAGAUGCAAGUAAAAGAGUACGGAGUCGGUUGAUUGCUACUGAACCGAAUUAUGUUCAGGGAAUUCGGCAUGUUUCUGAAGCUGCCAAGCCACAGCUGACUAAAACUGAGAAUGCUGGCCCUCUGAGUUUGAACUCUGAAAGGGUGUCCGGAAAACCAAAAGAAGCUGACAAGAGCCAGCUUUCUGAACUCCUCCAGCCCUUGACUUUGUCAACUGAAGACACUUCGUCGGUAAUAGAGCCUUCUUCUGGGUAUGAUAGCCAGCUACCUCAGGUGUCUAUCACACCUUCCAAAGGUUCCUCACUUGCUGAUGGACAUGCAAAAGUUGGUUCUCAGUUGCAUCCAGACUCUAAACCUGCACCUGCUGUUUCUAAUGGACAUGUUACUUUUCCUAACCACUUCAAAGUUCCUCAGGCUUUAAAGAGUGGACUCACCUUUGGAAGCUUUGAAUCUAGUUCUAGCACUGGAAUGAAUUCCGACAAUGGUCACAACAGGGAUGUCAAGUCUGCAAAUGCUAUUGAAUCAUCUGACGGGACUGCUGAUUCUGCAAAGGAACCAUCCAGUGGUCAGAAUUUAUCUACUGCAGUGCAAAUUGAUCUUCUAGAUAAAUGCGAGUCAGAAUCAGAAAAUGUCCUCAAAGAAGUUCCAUCAUCAGUAGGCAAUCCAUUGCUUGAAGCAGAUCCAAAGUGUGACCAACUAAAGCAAGAGAGAACGCAAACUCUAGAAAGGCAUCAAAGCCCCACUGCUCAACUUGCCCCAAAUUAUGGACUUGGAGUCUUGCCAGCCAUGCAGGGAGUUCACAAUGGGCAACUUGAUGGACAUGAGCCUCGAGCACGGGAUGCUCCUUGUAUCUCACCGUUUGCUGGUGAAAAUCUUGCAGUAUCACCCAGUCCCAGUCCAACUCCACAAGGACAAAACUCGCCAGCAGCAGCUGCUUCUUCACAACCAAUUCUGCUGAGGCCCCCAUAUCCACUUGGCUAUCUCCCAUAUCCACCUUAUUUCAACCCCUAUAUGUUCCACCCAAUGCAUCAAUUCUUAAGCCACAAUGGGAUGUCACAACAACAGCCAUCAGCUGGCAAUCCAUAUAUGACAACAGCAGCAGCUACUGCUCCAGGAGUGAAAUUCCCUCCUCACCCACAAUUCAAACCAGGAACUGGUGCAGCAAACUCCACACCUAUUGCACUUCCUCCAUUGUACAGCUCAUAUGGCUCUUCCCCCAUUGGAUUCAGUCCUGGUCUAGCUGUUUCAUCGGGUACCUCUGCAAGCAGUGAAGAUCUAUCAGCAUCUCAGUUGAAGGAGAACCGUAUUCUCUCAUCAGGACCACCGAGUGAUGUUUCAGCCUGGAUUGCGCAGGGACAAGAUUUAUCCAGCCUGCAGCUGAAUUCUUUGUAUAAUCUCUCACCACAGGGACAGCACCACCUUACAUUCACUCCUACACCACAGGGUGCUGCUGCCCAUGGCCCUUUUCCAGGCAUCUAUCCACCUCUGCAGACAAUAGCUGCUCCUUCAACAGUGAGCCCAUUGUUGGAGCAGCAGUCUCAGGCAAUGUCUACUGCAUCUAACACGGUAGGACCGCAUCCAACUGCAUCUUAUCAGCAGCAACCUCAGCUUGCGCAGAUGAAUUGGAGCUCUUCUUACUGA